AUGCAUAGCAUCAUUCUCGAGCACCUCCAAACUGGCAUCCCUCUCAUCAGGACACUGCACGGGACGAGACGGCAUAUCGUCGUUUGUUUGUGUUCCUCACGGCAACACGAUCGACUGCCUUUGGCAGCUGGCAAGAUUGUCGAGAGAAGGCCUGGCAGGCCAUCGACAUACGAAAGGCGCGGAGAAAGCAAAGGAUGCGAGAGGCAGGCCGUUCCGGCGGGGAUGAGGGCAACAGUGACAGACUCGGAAAGAGAGGGACUGCGGUCAACGGUCAACCCAGUCGAGGGGCUGAAGCGAGACAAGGGUGUGUCGUUCUGCGACAGAUCUGAGACAGCUUCUGCCCCUGCUCAACCCCUGGCACAGCCCCCGCGUCCCCGGUGGACUUGCAGUAGCCUGGACCCAAUCCAGCGAGUCACGACCACGAGUCAGCGGCGAUGGGUGGGAUUCCGACACGCUGUACAAGAUAGUAGUGUUCCACUAUCAGAAGCCGAACAACUUUUCCGUAUGGCGUACCAUGGUUCUCUUUCUACUGCGAUGUGUCACUGUCAACGACUGGACAUGGCCAAUGAUCCGCGGAAUGGAGAGGACGCUACGCUACGGUACGCUAUAGGAUGA